AUGUACGAACCACAACAGAGGUCGCCUGGCUCUCAUCGCCAACAACAGCAGCAGCAUCGAGACCUUACUCGCCAGACUUCUCGUCAGUUCGAUGCGUAUGGCACCGUGCCGUCUAGCCUUUACCAGAUGGACGACAACUCGCGAUAUGACGUUGCGCCGCGGAACUAUGACCGCUUGAAUGCGACCAUGCACAACUAUCCUCACAACGAUUUCGGCGGAUCUGGUUGGAAUACUGGAAAUAAUGGAAGUUUCGGUGCGAAUCAGAACCUGGCUCCUUUCACCGGAAGGAUGAAAGGCAACCAACCUCGCGGCCGAUUGCCCACCGACUGGAUGCAAACCUCCCAACAACCACCCGUUCCUCCUUUCCCUGGCCUCGGCCACAACGUACCCUCACCUUUGACUGGUGGUCAAAGCGGCUAUGGGUUGCGGCAAGAUCACAUCCCUGAAGAUCCUGACGAGCUCAUCCCCACUGCUAUCGUUAUCAAGAAUAUCCCUUUUGCUGUUAAAAAAGAGGCGCUUCUCCAGCUCAUGACAGAGAUGAGACUCCCUCUGCCCUACGCUUUCAACUACCACUUUGACGGUGGUGUGUUUCGCGGUCUUGCCUUUGCUAAUUUCACCACGUCCGACGAGACUGCUGCUGUCAUCGACAAUCUCAAUCAUUUUGAGCUUCACGGAAGGAAACUUCGAGUUGAAUAUAAGAAGAUGCUUCCGUUGGCAGAGCGCGAGCGAAUCGAAAGAGAGAAAAGAGAACGUCGCGGCCAACUGCAAGAGCAGCACAUGCCCCAGCCAGGUCCUACGCUUAAUCAGCAGCCGUCGAUAGGAUCUCUCCAUUCUCAUGGCCAAGCUCCUGCGACAUCUCCGUCACCUGUCCAGGGCAGAUCUGUUAAACCUGGUAGGACUUUGAUGGCCCGGCAACCCCCGUCACUGGCUCCGUCGACUAACGAGGGAGCAGAAUAUGAUCUAAAUGAUCCAGAGGUGCUCAGGUACUACACACAACUUCUACUCUUCAGAGAGGACCAUCAGCGCACGGAAAUGGUGUUCCCGGCUACUCUACAUCCGACUGAAAGACGUGUUAUCCACACCAUCGCACACGAAUUUGGGCUGAUGCACCUGUCCAAAGGUGUCGGAGAUCAACGACAGGUAUAUGUCCACAAACUGAACGCUCCCAACACAAGCCCUCCAAUUCCACAGGGAUACGAUCCAAACCGAAGAGCGUUGAACCGCGCGGCCACCACAGACUUCAGUGAUGUACGCGCUGCUGAUGGCUUUUACGGCACUCUUGGUCGUCAGGGAUCGGGCUAUCUCGGCUUUCAAGAUUCUUCAGGUGGUCUGGCAGCGGCACAAAACCUCCGCGGAGCGAAAUCUUAUGCCGAUCUUCGAUCUUACACGCCCUCCCCAGUCCCGUCUACGGCCAGUUUCCCUGCAAAUGUUCGUAAUGCAUUCGAAUAUGGACAAGGAUCGGCCUCCACCAACCCUUCCAACACACCCACGAACACCACUAUGAACGGCCGUGAUGAAAUGCUUAUCAAUAGCAUGAACGGGAUGAACCUCGGCAAUGGCUUCAAUACCCAAAGCAGCCCCAAAAGAGGUCUCAGGGGAAUGAUGUCCUGGGACCGUGAAUCAAACCCAGGUCCAAUUGGAGGACACAGAUCUAUGAGCACGAAUUAUGAAGAACAAAGCCGCGACCGAAGCUCUGCUCACCCGUCUCGACAGCCGCGAGGACCCCUUGGUAACAACUCUGGAUUCUCGCGUCCUCGUCAGAACGGUCAUCACGGUCGUGGCAGCGACGAACUGUCGCAACAAUCUGGGGUCGAAAUCAUUGUAGAGCACUAA